ACCCUCGUAACUCCCUCCCACCGUCGCCAGGAGGAGAAGAAUCCACUUCCUCGCACAAGCCAGCAGAGGAGAUCGGAGAUGGCUGCGAGAGGUCGCCGAAGGUUCGCCGGCGGCGAUGCGCCGGCGAGGCGGUGUAACCUGGAGAGAUUCCUCGAGGCCACCACGCCUGUGGUCACGCCCAGCUGCUCCUCCAAGGAGGGCAUCAAGGGCUGGAGUCAAUCGGAUGCAGAUGAUUCAUUGCCGUUCUUCACUUUGGGAGACCUCUGGGACACAUUCAGGGAGUGCAGCGCAUACGGCACCGCUGUACCUCUUGUUCUGAAUGGUUGCCGCGAUGAUGUUGUUCAGUACUACGUCCCUUACUUAUCUGCGAUCCAGCUUUACGGAGGAUUAAGGAGGCACGUCGGUCCUUCCAGGACGGGUGCAGAGGAGAGCGACAGCGACCUGGAGCAUGAGACAAGCUCCAGCGCGAACGCGUCCUCGGUGCAGGAAACCAGCGAGAGCUCGAGCGGCAGCGAAGCUUCCAGCGACGAAUGCGAGCCCGGAAGCUGCCACGAGCAGCUCCUCUUCGAGUUCCUCGAGUCCGAGCCUCCCUACCAGCGCGAGCCGCUGGCUGACAAGAUCUGCAGCCUCGCGAAGCGGUUUCCAGAGCUGCAGACCCUCAGGAGCUGCGAUCUCUCGCCAGCCAGCUGGAUCUCCGUUGCAUGGUACCCGAUCUACGGGAUCCCGGCGGGACCAACACAGCGCGACCUGGACGCCUGCUUCCUCACCUACCACUCCCUUUCCACGCAGUUCGCAGGCGCCGGCCAGCAGCAGGGCCCCAAACCGACGGCCCCGGCCACCGCGUGCGCGGCGCCCGUGACGGCGAUGUGGCUCCCGACGUUCGCGAUGGCGUCGUACAAGCUGAAGGGCGCGGCGUGGACGCCAGGGUGGCGCGACCGGCAGCUGGCGGCGUCCCUCGCGCAGGCCGCCGACGCCUGGACCAGGCUCCUGCGCGCGGACCACCCGGACCACCGGUUCUUCGCCGCCCGGCGCGCGCCGAGCAGGAGAUGGUGAUUGAUUGGCUCGGUGGGGAGCUGGAGAUCGACCAACUAACUGUUCAGUCACAUCAUGGACUGAUGGACAGUUUGUUUGUACAAUGAAACCAAGAACAUGUAUGUGCUUGUUUUGAUUUUUGUUCUCAAGUCUGAAGGUAGUUAGGUUCAGCGAGACAGACCGGGAUCACAAAGUGCUCAUCCAGUCUUUGUUGUUUCAGUGCUUUUUGUAUCCGUGAAACUUUCAGGUGAAAGUGUAUCAGAAAAAUGUUAGGUGUAGAGAAAAUGAGAAACACCAUC